UCAUCAAUCAUCAUCAUCAUCAUCUCACAGGCAGAUCGACAUCAGAGUUUGAACAGUAACUCAACACACAACGACAUUACCAAGAAAAUCAAUCUCACAGAGAGAGAGAGAGAGAGAUGACGCUGGGAACGUCGACGACGCAGGCAUACGGAGAGGCGUGGUAUUGGGACAAUAGGUACGCACAAGAGGCAGGGCCCUUCGAUUGGUACCAAAAGUACCCUUCUUUGUCCCCCCUCCUCCGCCUCUACGUCCCCUCUCACCACCGUGUCCUCGUCGUCGGUUCUGGUAACUCCGCAUUUAGUGAAGGCAUGACUGAUGAUGGCUAUGGGGACGUUGUCAACAUUGAUAUAUCCUCUGUGGUGAUUGAAGCUAUGCAAAAGAAAUACAGUAAUCAUCCGCAACUGAAAUAUAUUAAAAUGGAUGCCCGAGAUAUGAGUGCAUUUCAAACUGGUUCCUUUGAUGCUGUAAUUGACAAAGGAACUCUAGAUUCUCUUUUGUGUGGCAGUAAUUCACAAAUAAAUGCUGCUAGGAUGCUUGAGGAGGUUGGAAGGGUCCUCAAGGAUAAAGGAGUUUAUAUUCUGAUUACAUAUGGAGUACCAAUUUCCCGUUUACGCUUGUUGAGAGAUUCAUGUUCAUGGACAAUAAAACUCCAUGUGAUAGGUCAGCUAAAGUCCCUUUGCAACAAACUUAUGUCAGAGGGAGGUUCUGGACAUCAGAAAUGGGAGCUGACCUCUCCUAUUCCAUUGGAUGAUGGGGGAAGCUCAGUAGAAGCAGCUCUUGGAAAGAACCCUGACGUCCAUUAUAUCUAUGUUUGUAUUAAGGAGAAUUCUUUAAGGCCAAGCUUGGAUCAUGAAACGGCAAUGGAUUGAAGAAGAUCAGCAUCUUCAGCCUGUUGUAUUUGGAUUCUUUAAGCUCUUCUUGCUGGAUAUCUUGACAAAUGUAGCUUACGCUAAGAUUGUCUAUUAAUAUUCGACUAUGACAAGUUGAAUGUUGUAAGAAUCUAACUUACCCUCAGUUUAUCAUUAAUAUCCAGACAUAACCUGUUGAGUGUUGUAACAUUCAUUGUUUUCACAAAUCUUUAUAUUUGUGUUACCUUUUGGGUGAUCAAUAUUAAUCGAGUCAUGAUGCGUUGGCAGAGUUGAUUUCCUAUCUUUGCUCUUGGCAUCUUGAGCACAAAUAUGUGGGUUGUAUUCUUGAUGCAACUUGAUUUUGAGUGCCUUUGUUGAUCUAAAUACCCUCUCUAUUCACAUCCCAAUGAGUGGAUUUUUAUUUGUAUGUAGUUUGAAUAUUAAUUUGUACUGAAUGGGGAAAAUAUGUAUUUAUAAAAUUUAUAUCACCAGCUUGGGUGGUUUUGUAUGGA